GAACGGAGCAAACGACGCCGAGCCGGAGCACGCGUUCUACGCCCCUCUCCCUCUCCCUCUCUCUCACGGGAGGCGAGUGCGAGGGCGGAGGCGAGGCGAGGCGCGGGGGGUCGGGUUUUGGGAGGCUGAUCGAGCAGGGGAUCCGCCGCCCCUCCAUCCCCUCCGGGUCUCGUGGCAGGCGCGGGGGCUCCGGGUCGGUUGGUCUUUGAUCCCGCGCCCCCAGAUCAGCAGGGAUCGCGCGCGGAUCCUAGGCCGGCCUCGGUCGCCGCUCUCGCCCCGGAGUUCUCCCUGAUCCGUUGGAUAGAUCACUAUAUAAUCCUCGUCCUACAUCCACACGCUUGAAAGGCUUCAUAUAUAUUCAUUUUAGCAUGAAGCACAAUCGAUUAAUUUUCGCCAAUAUUGGUCAUGCUGGGGGAUACAUGUACCAGUAUCCGCCAGAGUUUCCAAUGUCCCACGAUCUUGGGCUGAGUUUGGUAACACAUCUCGGAAGAUUGUUGGGGAGUUCUUUGCAACAUCGCAGGGAGAUCUGUUUUUCAGGAAAUGUGAAGGCUCAGGAAGCAUUCAUCUGCCUCAGGAAGUUUGCCAGAGCUUUCUUCUUCUGGUUUUCUAGAGCGUAUGACCCCAAGAGUCCCCACGGGUUUUCACAUAUAAAGCGAGUGACUUCUGGUGUGCAAAAUUUGGUGGGAUCGCAGUUUGCUUCUCUAAAAGAAGGGCAUGCUGUACAGCUGUUGUUAGCCAGACUUGCACAGGCAACCGUUGGACGAAUGUGGAAUGACAUUGAGCAGCAACAUGCCAGCAAUCUUCUUACUAUGGCUGGUUUUGCUGCUAUCGUACCACCAUUUGAAAACAUAUCUCCGAAGAUGCUUGCAGAGUUGAUGGUGUUUGGGAAUGUUGAUGGUUAUAUCAACAUGCCAGCAGAUCAGUCUUGUUUGGACGGAAAACGCUUAAGUUGUUCUUCUGUUGCUGUGCCAACUACGAUCUUUCAGGAAGACGCAGUUGAACCAAAAACUGGAAUCAAGUUCCCUGCAUUCCUUGAAGAUGACUCCUGUCCAGCUACAACGGUCCUCGUUGGGGUGGGUUUCAAAGGCAUGAAAAUAAUGAGGGUCAAAAAUUUGAACCUGUACGCUUUUGGUUUAUAUAUGCAACCGAAUACUAUUUGCGAGAAGCUGGGUCCUAAGUAUGCUUCAGUUCCGACCACCAAUCUGAAGGAUGACCCAGAUUUCUAUAAUGAUCUUCUGAGGGAAAACCUUCAUAUCAGGCUUAGGUUGGUAGUCAACUACAAAGGCCUUAGCAUUGGUGCAGUGAGAGAUGUAUUCGAGAAGUCACUUGGCCUGCGUUUGCGAAAGAUAAAUCCCAACACUGACUAUCAUUGCUUGAAGACCUUUGCUUCUUACUUCACUAAAGAUAUCCCUAUACCUGCUGGCACAAAGAUCGACUUCUGCCAAACGUCCGACGGUCAGCUAAUAACAGAAAUUGAUGGCAGGCAGAUCAGUGCUGUUGAGAGCAAAGACCUUUGCAGGGCUUUCUUCGACAUGUACAUCGGCGAUUCGCCCGUAUCGUUAGAGGCCAAAAGGGAAGUCGCCCGGAACGUCGCCGGACUCAUGGGAAGAUGCGGCGGAUGAAAGAGGGCCGGUGGGUCAGAGAAUUCUUUUGUUCUUCCGUUACAGCAUGUGGAUAGGAGGAAACUAGGCGAGAAUCGUUGCGUGUACAUACGCUGAGAGAUCUGGUAACCUGUAAAGUGGAAAGGGCGAUGUUGUAUUGUUGUAAUACACACACAUGGGAGAUGCGCAUCUGCCUGCUGUGCAAGGGGCCUCCGUCCCCAUUAGGAUGGAGCUCUUUCCUUUUUGUAGAUGAGAGGAGUUGAGGAUGCUUCUCCCAUGAUGAAAGAAAAUAUACAAGCCUGCAAGUCUUUUCGUUGGUGC